AUGGUUGGAUCACAGCAGCAAGCCAAGAGGCCAGGCAGUUGCAAUGAUGCUUUUGAAGAACAGAGAGGAAGGAAGAGAAGAAAGCAAGAGAAUUCAGGAGGAAUGAGGAAGAGAGAUAGGGAUUGCAAGACACAUCAUGUCGUGAAAGAGAACUUGGGCUCAUUUGAAAAAUGCUCACUUUGCCGUGGGCCAUUUUCUUCAUUGAAGUGGUGGGGGCUAAGAUGUGAAGUUUGUACCACUGUAUGGCAUACAUACUGCUUUCACUCCAAAGACAAAAGACAAAAGACUUCGCCUAUGGCUCCAACAGUCGAGAAACCUGUUCUCCACACACCAGUCCUCUCUCCAGCCACAAGUCACACACCAGUCAUGUCUCCGUCUACAGGCCACACACCAGUUGUGUCUCCGUCUACAGGCCACACACCAGUCGUGUCUCCGUCUACAGGCCACACACCAUUCCUCUCCUCCACAGUGCUUCCUGAAGAGCCUAUGGCUCCAACUACUGUCGAGAAACCUGUUCUCCACACACCAGUCCUCUCUCCAGCCACAAGUCACACACCAGUCGUGUCUCCGUCUACAGGCCACACACCAUUCCUCUCCUCCACAGUGCUUCCUGAAGAGAAUGAAAGUGACUUCAGUGAAGAGGAGGCAUCGGAUGAUGUGUGUGAUCCAGAAUACGUUCCAGGCUCAGAAAGUGACACAGAAGAUGAGGAACCAAUAAAAGGCUUGGCGAAUUCAACAUGCCAGGUUGCUGAAGAAUCACUAAUGGAUACUUCUAUGAACUGUACUGUCACAGAUGACACCCUUGACAUUGGACAAUCUUGCACCAACACAGUACCUUCAACCAGUGUUGUAAGAGCAGGACAAAAUUUCUGCUUCAUUUGCAAGGAUUUUCAUUUCAAAAUAGCGCGGCAUUUCAAAACUCACAUAAAAGACAAUUCUGAUAUAGCAUAUGCCCUCAGUCUCCCAGCAGGCUCAGCAACUAGGAAGAAGCUCCUAGAGAAUCUUCGCAACAGGGGAAACUUCGAGUACAACAGAGAUGUACUGAAAAAAGGAAGUGGUCAGCUUAAAGUGAAGCGCAAAGCUAAGAAGGUUGAAUGUAAAAAAUAUGAAUAUUGUAUCCAUUGUAAGGGUAUGUUUUUGCGACCGGAACUAUGGAGACAUAUGAAAAGGUGCUCCUCCAAAGCAGAGGAACAGGAACAUCAAGGAAGAAAAAGGGUGCUUGGCCUAGCAUCUGCAAUCCAGUCAGCAUGUUCAAGCACAGUUAAUGACGGGGUGCUUAAAAUGUUAAGCCGUAUGCAUGGACGAUGACAUUGCAAGUGUUAUUCGUAAUGACUUCUGCCUUCUUCGGUAUGCUGACACCCUUUUCAGAAAACAUGGACAUGACCCUUCAAAACAUGAUUAUAUCCGCCAAAAAAUCCGUCAGCUGGGAAGAUUCCUGCAAACCAUCCGCAAAAGGUCUUCAAUCCUAACCUUAGAGGAUGCCAUAAAACCAGGAAAUUUCAUGGAAGUAAUUGAAGCAGUAAAAGAAACAGCAGGAUUUGAUAAAGAUAAGAACUGUUACAAAACUCCAAGCCUUGCACUUAAAAUUGGACACUCACUGUUGAAAGUGAGUGACAUCAUUCAUUGUCAUGCUCUUAUGGCUGGAGAUGACAACUUGAUUAAAUCCUCAAAAGCUUUUCAGAAGCUAUAUACUGCAAAGUGGUCGGAGUACAUAUCCCACUGUGCCUUAAGCACCAUUAGUGACUUGAAAUAUAACAAAGCAGCCAAAUUACCGCUCACUGAUGAUGUGACAAAAUUUAACAAGCAUCUUGACAAAACUGCUGAAUCAGCAACUGCUGCAUUGACGAAGGACACAACAGUGCAGAACUACUCCAGCCUUGCAAAAGCUGCAUUGACCAAGAUUGUCCUCUUCAAUAGAAGACGUGUUGGGGAGGUUUCAAAGAUAAAACUGAGGAAUUUUCUGGAAAGAAACAAAGAAACGAACACCCUUGAUGAACUGGGGCUGUCAGAGUCUGAAAAGAAACUCUGCAACUAUUUUGAGCGUGUUGAACUGAAAGGAAAAAGGGACAGAAAGGUAGCAGUGCUGCUGACACCUGAGAUGGUAAAUGCACUCAACCUUUUGAUUGAGAAGAGGAAGGAAUGUGGUGUCCCAGACCAAAAUGAAUACUUGUUUGCUGUACCAAAUUGUCUGACUUACUACAGAGGACAUCAGUGUCUCAGACAGCUCGCAGAUGAGUGUGGUGCCAAGAGGCCAGAGUAUCUACGAUCAACUCAACUGCGCAAAGACAUAGCGACCACAUCACAAAUCCUGAACUUGAAGAGCAACGAACUAGAUCAGCUUGCUGAUUUCAUGGGGCACGAUAUAUCAGUACAUAGACAGUUCUAC